GACGUCGACGUCGAAGACAGGAUGGAGACACCAUACAGGUGGAGAGUGGCGAAAUUGACGUUGAAGGAAUGUUCCGAGAAUGCGUUGAAUUGAUCGCGUUUCAAAGAAUCUCGGCAUUGGGAAUGGACUCGAUCGUGGCGCUGCUCCUUCUGACCGCUUGCGUUCUGGAACUGGUGAUUGGUCAGCAAGGUCCGGUGUUCGUUCUCGAGCCGCCAAGUACUCUGGUCUUUUCCAAUACCACAGGCUCUCAGCUAAGCUGUUCUGCUCAUGGGAGUCCAACGCCGCACGUCACCUGGAUAACCAGCCCGGAUCAAAGAUCGGUCACCGCAGUUCCUGGACUAAGACAGCUGCUCGGCAACGGCACCCUCUACUUUCCGCCAUUUCUGGCGCAGGACUUUCGAGCGGAAGUGCACAACGCUAGGUACAGGUGUCGCGCGACCAGUUCCGUUGGAACCGUGCUUUCCAGGGAGGUUACUCUACGUGCUGUGUUGACGGUGCCUGGGUACGACGUAAGGGUAAAUAGAUCCCCAGUUGUAGAGGGAUGCAACGCGGUUUUGUCUUGCACGGCGAGGGAGGACGUGAAGGAACAUCUGACGGUCACCUCCUGGUUCCGUGACGAUGCCAUUCUUCUACCUGGAAGCACCGACACGGGUGGAAGAUUCGUGGUCACGUCUCAGGGGGAUCUGCACAUCCGAGCCACCAGACCGGAAGACGGCAGAGCCACCUACUCGUGCUUAACUUUUCACGCGUUGACUGGUGAAAGGAGAAGAAGCGAGCCAGCAACGUUAACAGUCACAGAACCAACGGGAUCUAUGCCACCACGAUUGAUGCAGAGAUCUCAGAUCGCCAUCUCGGCGGAAAGCGGCUCGGACGUUCAUCUAACUUGCUCAGCCCAGGGGAGCCCACCCCCGCAAUUUACUUGGUAUCGCGAUGUUAACGGCCAUUCGAUACCAGUGGAGUCAUUUGGCCGAAUUCAACUGUGGGGUGAUUUGAUGCAAAUUCGCCGCGUAGACGCUCAGGACGCAGGAAGGUACAUUUGUCGAGCCAGCAAUCAGGUUGGCGAGCAACGAGCGGAAACACACCUGUCGGUCACGUCAAAACUUAACGCACGGAUACAACCUCGUGUUCAGAUCAUCAAUUCCGGGGAGUCGGCCACUAUGAAUUGCACGGUGGAGGGUUAUCCGGUCGAGAGCGUCGAGUGGUUGCACGACGGUGUGCCGGUAUUGACCGCGCAGGACACGAGAAUCAGAUUGCUGGCUCCUCUGGUGCUCGUGAUAGGCUCGGUCGGCCGAAAGGACAAGGGGAUGUAUCAGUGCCUGGUCAGAAGCGACAAGGAGAACGCACAAGCUACAGCCGAAUUGAAGCUUGGAGACACUGUACCAGAGUUGCAAUACACGUUCAUCGAGCAAGCACUGCGACCAGGUCCUCCGGUAUCCUUGAGAUGCUCUGCUACAGGAUCUCCACCACCAUCGUUCACUUGGUUGCUAGAUGGAGAGCCUCUAAGUGAGAUCGCCUCUGGACACAGGUGCAUAUCUAGAUCUUCACCGAUCAAUAUUCCGUUUCUUAAUCGAACACAAUGCUUAUACAGGUACGCGAUAGGACAGUAUGUCGAUCAAUCCGGAGACGUGAUCAGUCAUUUGAACAUAUCGUCCGCUGGUGCCGAAGAUGGUGGCCUCUACGCUUGUGUCGCGGCUAAUACUCUCGCUACGGUCGAGCACAAAGCUAGACUGAACAUUUAUGGUCCACCGUACAUCCGAUCGAUAGGACCAGUUCGCGCGAUAGCCGGUGUCGAUACCACCAUAGCUUGUCCUUAUUCUGGCUAUCCUAUCACGUCAGUGGAGUGGUCUCAUGGAGGAGUCGCGUUACCACUCGACAUAAGACACCGUGUUGACAGUGAGGGUCAUCUUACCAUCGCCAAUGUGGAUCCAAACGAUGCUGGCACUUUUACUUGCAUGGUUAGAGCGAGAUCCGGUGAAACGGCGAGCAGGGACAUCCGGUUGACUGUCAGCAGUCCACCCGUUAUGAGUCCCUUUAAUUUCCCUCCAAACCUUCAAGAAGGAAGUCGCGCCCAGGUCACCUGCACCGUCACUUCCGGUGAUCUACCAAUCUACUUCUCCUGGCUAAAGGAUGGUGAACCAUUACCUUCCUCCUUACGUAUCGAGGAACGUGUGGCCGAAUUUUUCAGUCUGCUCGUCUUCAAGGAACUCUCGUCGCGGCACAGUGGCAAAUACACUUGCGUGGCGACUAACAGCGCGGCCAAAGUCAACCACACGGCCGAACUUUUGGUAAAAGUGCCGCCGCAAUGGAUUUUCGAGCCGCAAGAUGUGACCACUCUCCUGGGAAAUCCAUUGAACGUUCAUUGCGAGGCCAAGGGAUUUCCACCACCGCGUGUCACGUGGUUACGCGCCAGAGAAAGAACCUCCAACGACUAUCAACCUCUGGUUGAUGGUUCUGAUGGAAGAUUAACCAUCCUACCAAAUGGAUCUCUGUGGACAGCCUUUGCUGGACCACAGGACGAAGGGCAUUAUCUAUGCCGGGCGAAUAAUGGCAUUGGAUCUGGAUUGAGCAAAGUGAUCUACGUAUCUGUUCAUGAGCCAGCACGGUUCGAGUUCCAGAGCAAAAACGUGACAAUCCGUCGUGGCGAAUCCGUGACGCUAGAUUGUACCGUUAUCGGGGAUAAUCCAAUAGAAGUGCAAUGGAUGCACAACAGUGACCGUUUAGACACGAACAGUCACCGAUUGAGCAUCAGUCAAAUAAAAACGGACAAUGGCCUAAAGUCGCAAUUGUCCAUAGCAAGUAGCGAUCGUCAGGAUUCUGGAGUUUAUAGGUGUACAGCAGACAACGCCUACGGAAGAAGCGAACAUUUGAUUUAUCUCGCUGUUCAAGAAAGACCAGAUCCACCAGCCUCGCUAGAAGUUAUAGAAAUUGGCUCACGAUCGAUACGAUUAUUAUGGAAAAGAGCUUUCGAUGGAAACAGUCCAAUACGAAAUUAUGUUAUUCAGUAUCGAUCUUUGAAUCAUGGUUUGGCUGACGAUUGGAAUCCCGCAAAAACGCACAACGUCACCUACACACCCGGAAGUUCCAUGAAUGGAAAUACCAUACAUCCGACGCAAAACGGUUUAUCUCCUUUUGAAACUACCACUGACGAUCAAGAAAUAGCUUUAGUAGGCGGACUUCAUCCAGCAGUGACUUAUACGUUUCGCAUUUUUGCCAUAAAUUCAAUAGACGUGAGUGUGCCAACUGAUCCCGUAGUGGCGAAAACUCAAGAAGAAGCACCCACUGAACCACCCCAAAGUAUCAAAGUACAGUCAGCAGGUCCUGGAGAGCUUAUGGUUAGCUGGCAGCCACCCCCAAAGGAAUCUUGCAACGGAGAUCUAUUGGGCUACAUAGUGACGUGGUCGGAGCAUUCAUCUUCAACGUCAGGUGUGAACCAAAGCAAAAGUUUAACGGUGAACGGAUGGGCAACUACAAAGGUGCAACUCACAGGUCUGAGAAAGUUCACCAAGUACGAUAUAUCGAUCAGAGCUUUCAACAGUAUAGCCAGCGGGCCAGCCAGCGUUCCCAUUGUUGGAACAACUCAGGAAGGAGUGCCGGAAACUCCACCGACGCAAGUAUCAUGCAUUCCUCUGUCUUCCCAAAGUGUGAAAGUUUCUUGGAGCGCACCACCGCCACAUCAACACGGUGGGAUCAUUCAGGGUUACAAAGUGUACUACAGACCAGUGCCUACUGACAACAUGGACAUAUCGACAGUAGGUGAAGUAAAGAAGACUUCCAGCGUAGAAACUUAUCUACACACUCUAUACAAGUACACGAAUUACUCUAUCCGAGUAUUGGCUUACACUGGCGCUGGCGACGGAGUUCUAAGUCCGCCAAUUUUUUGUACAACGGAAGAGGAUGUACCAGGUCCUCCAGCUGGUAUCAAAGCUUUAGCAUUGACCGCGGAGAGUAUAUUGGUUUCGUGGUUACCACCUCUGCAGCCAAAUGGGAAUGUCUCCAAGUAUACGGUUUACAGCAGAGAAGCAGGCUCUAGCAACCAUAACACACACACCAUGCAUGAACCACCAUCGUCACCGACUGAUACUCUUACCAUGGAAUUGAGAGGUUUGGUCGAAAGUCAACUGUACGAGUUCUGGGUGUCAGCAACGACAGGACUGGGUGAAGGUGAAUCGACCACCAUAGUAACUCAAACUACAAACACUAAAGCUCCAGCUAGAGUGGCGUCUUUUUCACAAUUGUUGAGGAGGGCGAUUAAAUCGUCGAUCACCCUGUCUUGCUUAGUCGUAGGUAAUCCUACGCCUCGUCCAAUAUGGACGUAUCGAAAUAGUCAAGUCUCUACUGGCAGGCAUUACGAACUGACUGCUGAUGGUCAUCUUAAUAUUCGUGGAUUAGAACAAUCGGUGGCAGGAAAUUACACGUGUUCAGCCAAUAACUUAUUCGGUGACGAUUCCAUCACUUACACCUUGGUCGUGGUAAUGCCUCCACGAGCACCAAUGCUAGAGUUACAGUAUACAACGAUGAAUAGUAUAAGACUUAGGUGGAAUCACCCUAAUAACGGUGGUGCUACUAUUCAAGGCUACGUGUUAAGUUACAAAAGGGACCAAGGUGGCUGGGAGGAAAUAGCAUUAUCACCUGAACAGACUGAGUUCAUUUUAUCAGGUUUAAAAUGCGGUUCCUCCUACUUGGCACAUUUAACAGCUCAUAAUCGCGUAGGCACUGGAGAUCCGAGCCCUCUAAUUAGUGCCACCACCAAAGGAACUGCUCCUUUAUUACCAAAAGAACGAGACAUCAUCUCUGCCAACGGCACGUCCGUGAAAUUAAAUCUUUUAUCUUGGCCAAAUGGUGGCUGUCCCAUUCAAUAUUACACCAUAGAGUACCGUAGACGCGUCAGCACUGAACGAUGGACUUUGGUGGCGAGUCAUGCCACAGAGAAUUUAGUCAUAAGAGAUUUAAAGACUGCCUCGUGGUACAGCUUACGCCUGACAGCUCAUAAUGACGCUGGAGCCACGAAAACACAAAUGGAAUUUGCGACGACCACUCUCAGUGGUGUUAGUAUCGGUCCGCCAAAUGAUCUGAUUAUGGAAGAUGAUGUUAAGAAAGCUAUACCUAAUCAUAAAGUACUUUACGUAGUCGUACCUCUCAUCUGUGCGAUUGUGUUAAUUAUUUCCGCCGCUAUUUUGGGAUAUGUAAUGCUAAAACGCAGUGGAAGAGCAAAUUAUUUGGGAGAAAUUCUUCCUGGACAGCAACAGAAUCAACAGUCAGGAUUGGGUUUGGUUCAGCAACAACAGCAACAUCAGCAGCAUCAUCAUCUUUCAAGCUGUAUGUCUACCAUGCAACUAAAGUCCACUGCAGAACGUGAUAACAGAAGGAAUCAUCAGGUGUACACCAGUUCGCCUGUGAAACAAGAAAAUCACAAGUCGAACGAUCAUGGAUCAGAAAUGUACGAAAUAAGUCCAUACGCGACAUUCAGUGUGCCAGGAAGAGAAAAUCGUUCGGUAACCACAGCUACGCUCGAUUAUACAAUGCAGUUCAAAACAUUUGGUCAUUUAGAGAACGAGGACAUUAAUACGAUCGAUUACGAAAGAUCCAGCGUGGACUUCGAGAGGUCUAAAACACCAAGGUGGCACAAGCAACGCUACUUCCCAAGCAUCGCGGAAGCGGAGAGCAAGCUACGCUCGAGUCGUCAAGGUUCCGGAAGCGACACGUCCGGAAGUCCUUGUGGAGAAUGCGCUGGACCUAGUUACAGGGUGCCAGUAAAACCUUGCAGAGAUGUAUUUUCACGAGGCGUGGAAUCGAGUACAGAAUCCAACAACGAAGGCUCACCUUCACUUGCGAGACGACGAAGCCGUCAACCGAGCCGGUCUACUCGCAGUUCGGUGGAAGACAUGACGUUGUUGCCGCCAAGCGGGUUUAGCGACAGCCGCGAAUUGAGCGACGUAGAGUGCGACCGUGAUCGUGAUCGUGAUCGUAGCGAGCGUGAUCGUGAUCGUGAACGGGACUGGCAAGAUCUGUCGACCGGGACCCGCCACGGCGGCAGCUUGGGUAGACUGCCAAUCGAGGCCGUCGAAUCUAUGCUCGCUAGGUACCAGCAAAGGAAGGAACAAGAAAGGCAAGAGUUCACUAUACACGUAUGAUCGGGAUUUAGCAAUUCCAGCGAAAAUCUUCAUGAAACGAAAUAAACGGGAACGUGAUGAAUCCUCUGGAAACUAAUUGACUAACCGAUUCGCAGAACGUCAACGUAUAAUGAAAAUAACGAUAAUUUUCGAUAAGCGGCUAAUAUUGUAAUAAGAAUAACUCCUGUGAAAAUCAGGUUAAUUAGGGAUUUUCGUCGUAAUGGAAAAGAAAAAAAGAAAAAGUUUUUUGCUCACGUCGGAACACUGAGAAAAGCGUUUAACAUAUCGAAAAACGAUGUCCAUUCGACUUAAUGUUAGCGCAACAUCUAAUAUAUUUAAUAAUUUUCUGUCGAUAAAAACUGUGUAAUAAUUUUUCUACAUUUAAACAUUUUUCUCAGUGGAUUCUGCUGUUAAAAUUGUCUGACAAAUUGUCUCAAUGAUCGCUUCGUCGUUGCAUCGAAUACUGCCGUUGCGUUAUUAGCAAUCUUACCAAUCGACCAAUCACGAAACGAUAGGAACAAGAAUAUUAUACUAUGUGAAAGUAUCGACAGAAAUCCUUAGCUGUACAUUAGAAGACUUCAUCUUUCAAAAAUCAAGCACACGUGAUCGCACAGUGAUGAAAAUUCUAAUUCCAAGUAGACAAAAGUAAUAUUUCUCAGGCAUUGGGAAAUUAAUUUAUUUGAGGAAGUACGUUAAUAUACAGUUAAUGGCUGAUCAAUUAAUCUGUAGUUUCAUUAGACGUAGUUUACAAUUAAUUUAGUUGUUUCUAGGUUUCUUGCUGUUCCAAAAAUAAUUUCAUUUCCAACUCUUUCAAUAUAAAACAAUAUAUCUUCCAACACAAUGAAAUUAUUUUGCAAUUAACUUAUACUUAAUCGUCGAGAAGUUAUAAAUUUACUUUAUAGAAUAAUUUUGUCUACCUGGAAUAAAAAUUUUUACCACUGUAUCGCUCGAGAGUCACGCAAUUUGUAGGGAAGAUUCUGCAACAGCGAUUAACAAGGAGAAAGACACCAACAGAGGGUUUAGGAAACAAGUCAAUUUAGAGACGGAAUGAUGAAUUACACACGUGUAUAAUCGUAUAACUACUGUAUAGUAUAGAUUGUACGUAUCAUUAGUUAUACUGUUACCAAGAAUUGUAUAGUUGAAGAAGCACGAUGAGAAUGAAGUGUUGAGAAUCGUUUAUUUCUACCUGUGAGAAACAUCGUUCAAACAUAUGGUUAUUUGAACGAAGAACAUUUGAAAGAAUUCGUACUUGUGUUAUAUGGGAAGAAGAGCACACAAAAAGAGUGUGUCUAGUCUUAUUUUUAUUAAUUUUUUCUUAAUUUUGAAUAAAUUGUUAAACUCGCAGAUGUAAAUUUCAAUCUGUGAAAUUUUCUAAAGACUCAAGUAAAGAAUUAUUUUUGGAAUAUGUCUAGUAGGAUAGAAAAAUACAUUUGUGACUCCUCGAUUAAUUAACACUAUAAUGACACUAUAAAUUACCGAAAAUAGCCAAUCGUUAUAUUAUAACAAGAUGGUUUUAAUAUGUAAUGAGAAAUGAUCUCUAUUUUUCGUUAUAAAUCUAAUGACAUAAUAAUUAAGUACAAUUUACAAUCGUCGAUUUAUAAUCAACGAGGAGUUAAAUAAGAAAAAAUGCAAUUCACACGUUAAAUUUUAACGUAAAUUUAAGCUUUGUAUUCGUUUCUUUUCAAACAAAUAUCUUUUAUAAAAUUACCAUCGUUUAUAUUAAUGAAAAUAUAAAAGUAUAAUAACAUAACGAUGUUUCAAAAAAAGAAAAAAAAAACAGAAAGAAACGAAGCUCACUAAAACCGCAGAGUGCUAAAAUUAUAACAACAUUCCUAAUUAUCGGCAUUAAGAAAGCACGAACUGUGCGUUUCGACAUUCCGUUCGAUUAAUUAUGUUGAGGAAAUAAUUCGAGGAUUCUAUUCGCGUCAGAACGCGCGGUUUCGAUCCAAGAUCGAGAAGUGUGAUUGAUGAGAGAGUAAUUUAAAAAAAUGUACAUACAUGUAUGCAUCAUAUUUAGAGGCUGAACAAGUUUAUCGAUAUACAAUGAUCGACACAAUUAUCGAUUAACGACAAAGAUAGCUUUAAGUAUUAUUAACGUUGUUUUCAUUCGCGAAAUAUUCUAUUACAUGUAGAUAUUUUAAUGUUUAACCUUUCGUUCCUUGCGUUUCAAAACAAAAAAGAAACUAGGAAACUUUUUUACCGACAACCGAUUACCGCCAGUAAAGGUUGCUUUCCACGAGAGCUAAUAAAAAAACAUUUUAUUAAAAAAUGAGCGAGUGACUUUAAAAUCUUAAAGUUUUAUUCUUGAAAUGCAUAGCGAAACAAAAGGUGAAACAUUUUGUUCGAGGCAAAACCUAUCGGAUCGGACGAGUUCACGAUGAUCGAUCUAUCGAUAAGUUACGCGGGCAUUUUCAAAUGUCGGUAACCAAUUGAAGUCCGGUCCUCGUGCAUCACACCAUCUCUCGAUAUGAUGAGACUGAGGCUAAUUAACUACGCUUACGUUAAUUUCUGCCAAAACAGAGUUUACGGUUCCCAAAGACUAUUAAUUUAGGGCUAUUGCCUUAAUCGUAAUAAAUUAAACAAGAUGUCAUUGCGCGUGACAUCUACGAUCGCAUGUUUUCUUCGAAACUUUCAUAGACAAAAGGGCAUACUUCGCGUAUUUUCCCCGAAGAAGAAAAAAAAGAAGGAGGAAAGGAAAGUUCAUUUUUCACGCGAAAAUAUAUUUCUAUGAAAACAUGUUUGAAAGAAUAUCGAACUGGUUGCAUUUAUACUUAGUUUAAUACUAACAAAUAAACUGCCAUAUCAGCUUUCACGUGUAGUAAUUUGUCAUUUGACAUUUUUUACGAAAAAUUUGCCACAUUAAUGAUAUAUCAUAUAUUUACCAUUUCCAUAUAUGUGUACGUCUUAUUAAAAUUUUCCAAUGUUUUUUAAAUUUUGUACAGUUUUUAAAAACGCGUCUUACUAUUGAGACUAACACAUAUGCCUAGCUAAUUCAACUGCGAAAUUUCUAAUUCAGACACCGGAUAUGCAGAGUAUGCCCUCUCGCAAGAUAACAACGCAUGUAAUUUAUUACACGUAUAUAAACAUGUAUGGACGCAUCUCGUUUGUACAAACGCGACGAGCGUGUCGAACUUCACGAAGAUUAAACCGUACACAAAUUUAAAUACGAGAGCCAGCGAGCCGUAUGAUUUCUAGUAAAUUGUUUUCAUAGUCAAAAAUUGAAAAGAGAGAGAGGAAAAAAAGGAACGUGAUCGUAGUUAGACGAAAAAUUUGGGCGAGAAAGGAAAAAAUUAGCGCCAAAGCGGAUUUUUCGAAUGUGCGUGCGGUGAAUGCGUGCAUAAAUGCGUGCGUGUGAUAUAUAGAAACUCGUCAGCUACUGAGAACGAGCGAGCUACAUAUUUGUAUAAUACGCGAGACCCGUGAACCUUAGAAAUUAUGUAUCAUAUCCUCGUAUAAUUAUAUCCGUGGACGAAUUGCGAUAAAAUUAAUCGUCGUCCGUUAUGGUUACGCGAAACUAAAGUAAAAUAAUACCAAACGCGAAGAAAAAAAACAUGAAUAAAAACAAUCGAAUGUCUUAUCGAAGUGUCAGACUUUCACAGGAUAUGCUAACUCAGCUUGUUAAUAAAGAGGAAACAGACAUUUA